ACAGAUCAGCCAUUCAGAGCUAAGCUUUUCAUCGAUUUCAACGAAAUAUUUAGUUUCAGAUUCAUCUUUGGGUUAAUCCGGUCGAUGCAUUCGAAAUGGGUAGAACAAAAAUAUACGUAGUUUUGUUAAUGAUCCUCGAACUAUUCUUGGUGGGCACAACAAAAGGAGAAGAGACAUGUGAGCACGAUCGACAAAUGGAAGAACUGUGCCGCAGUCAUACCUAUAAAAGUGUGAAGCCUUUGCUAGAUUACUUUAGGCAAGUUCGAAAUGAGUUAGACCAAAGUGAAAUGAAGGAAAAGCAAAUAAGUGAGAUAAAUUGUGAUCUUAUGAACAAGUAUCAUGAAAUUGUAAGAAUUCAUGAAAAGCAAAUAAGUGAGAUUAAUUCUGAUCUUAUGAACAAGUAUCAUGAAAUUGUAAGAAUUCAUGAAAAGCUGAUGAAGGAGGCAUUUCAAUUAGAUGAGUAUAAAAACAAAAUAUUAAGAAAAGAAAACGAUUUGCAAUUGUGUCAAAGUAAAGUUGAUAAAUUAGAAUCUGAGGUUAAUUCACAAAAAAUAACUAUUAACAAAUUAACACUACAUGCAAAUUUUCUUGCGAGUUAUGAUAAAUGUAAAGAAGAAUUAUCAGAUGAAUCCGACAAUUUGGAAAUAUGUGAAGAUCAAUUAAAAAAACUUAAUUCUAGUAUUAUUGAAAAAGAUAAGAAAAUUUCUAGACACUCUGUAACAAUUCAAAACUUGACAGAGCAUCAGAAUACAGUUGAGUUGAAAUUGGAAUCGAGUCAAACCAAGUUAAUCAAAAAAGAUAAAGACAUUGAAAUAUGCCAUGCAGAAAUUACUAAAUUAAAUAGGACAUCACACCUAAAUAUUCCUUCAAGUUGUCUUCCUUUCGGAGAACAUUCUGGUGUGCAUGAAAUAAAAGUUUCUGGUAUUGGUUUCUUCGAUGUUCUUUGCGAUAGUCAGGUAGCUGGGCCUGGUUGGAUAGUAAUACAACAACGAAUUGGUGGAAAAGAAAACUUUACCAGGGAUUGGGCCACAUAUCGCAAAGGUUUCGGUUCAUUGGAUAGUGACUUUUUCCUUGGAUUAGAAAAGAUGUAUCGACUAACGAGCUUGCAGCAAUACGAACUCUACAUACACUUGGUUGUCUUAAAUGGGAGCAUCUUCUACGCCCGAUACGAUGACUUCAAAAUAUCUGAUGAAGACCAUGGAUACGCACUAAGCUUGGGUAAAUUCAAGGGAAAUAUUAGGGAUGCGAUGAGAUCCACAGAAAACAAGAAAUUCACGACAUUCGAUCGCGAUAACGACUCUGCUGAUAAUAACUGUGCAGUUGUGUAUGAUAGUGGCUGGUGGUACAACAAUUGUUAUAAUUGUAACUUAAAUGCAUUAUACGGCAUGUAUCUAAAUUGGUGGACUGAAAUAAGAAAUCUACUUAAAGAAGCUAAGAUGCUGAUUCGUCCCAAAGCAGAAAUCAACAAUUGAACAACUGAAAAUCCAAAAUCGUAGUCUUUUUUAUAUCAUUUAAUUCUCACUAAAUAUAUUUGAU